AUCAGUCUCAGCUCGCUGGUGGUAUCGCGUUCUGCAGAGCUGAAGGAUAAUGGAGCAUGAAAACUCUAGCAAUGGCGCAGGCCUUUCAGCAGCCGAAAAAUGCAACGGCGGCGUUACCCUUACAGAAAAUGAAGACCGUUCUUACGACGAAUCACUUCACCAUCCCGACACCGAGGGAUUCACCGAUGAAAUCGACAGCACUUGCUCAACACCUUAUGUAAGUGCCCCAUCUAGCCCCGGCCGCUUCUCGUCCGUCGGAGGCUACUUUUUCAGCGCACCGGCCAGCCCAAUGCACUACGUCCUCUCCACACCGCCUUACUCUGUUUCUUCUUCUCCUAUCGUUACUCAAUCUGAUGUCUCCCUUAACGGAUCCGUCGAGUUUGAGUUCUCGGCAAAGUACGGCUGUCUUACCAGCACCGGUACCGUUGGAUCGAUGACUUCCGCUGACGAGCUCUUCCACAACGGCCAGAUCCGGCCAAUGAAACUUCUCUCCCACCUUCAGCGCCCCCAGAUCCUGGCGCCCCUCCUUGAUGUCGAGGAGGAGGAUGAAAAUGCUAAGGAGUUGGGCGAUUCGGUGGAGAGGGGACGAGAUCUGAGGAUGCGGAGCAGAUCCAUUCAUCGGCGAGCCAGAUCCAUGUCACCAUCAAGGAAUACACGGUUCCAAUGGCAGGUGGAGGGUGAAGAGCGAGAGCAGAAUGAUGCGAAGGAAGAGGAGACAGAUCCGGAGAAGGGCUCCGAAGCAUUUACAGCUUCGGUCUCUGCGUCGUCCUCCCGAUCCUCUUCCUCAGGGAGGAGCUCUAAGCGUUGGGUAUUCCUCAAGGAACUCCUCUACCGUAGCAAGAGCGAGGGACGGGCUAACGCGAAGGAGAAAUUCUGGCACUCCAUUUCCUUUUCUCCUUCCAAGGACAAAUCGAAGCAUCUGCCAACCGUUCCACCUCUUUCUUCUGCUAACCCCUGCUCCGAAUCAUCUCAGAAGCAGAGUAGAAAGAGUGGCUCCUUCUUACCAACGUCUGCCGACUCUUCGAAGCAAUCUAGUUCGUCGGACAAAACAGCGAAUAGCGGCGGAAAGCGCCGCUUUCCGGCGCCUUCCCCGCACGAGAGGCUUUACACUGCGAACCGCGCGCAGACGGAGGAAAUGAGGAAGAAAACCUUUCUCCCCUAUCGCCAAGGCUUGUUCGGCUGCCUAGGUUUUAACUCCCGUAGCUACGGCGCCAUGAGCGGCUUUGCCAAAACGCUCAACCCCGUCUCCUCAAGGUAUGGGUGAAUAAUAUUGGUGGACCUCGAUUCCCUUCUUGUUCGAGCUAUUUUACAUGAUAUGCCCAUCCAAUUGCUCAAGUUUUCCUGGAGGUUCCCACUCAGUUUAUUACGAAUCUGGAAGAGGCAUAUCAGACUUGGAAUUUUUUCUUACGCUCAUGUUUUUUUUUAUAAUAAUUUUAAUUUUUAUGUAUAUUUUUGUACAUACUAUUUUAUUAGUUUAACCGGGCCCUCAAUUACUGGGCUACAGCUUCCGUGCUGAAAUUCCCCAAGAAAUAUCAUCAUUAA